CUCACUGCAGUAAUUCAUGUCUCAUAAAACAUUAUGUAUAUUGACAUACUAAUUCUUAUUUUAAAGGUUAAAAUACUUUUUGAUAAUAUAUAUUAACGUAAUAACUUUUAUUUUAAAAAUAAAAACACGAAACUUAUAUUUUUUCCCAAUAUUUUAGUGUUAUAGUCUUUUGAAAUGGAUUUGAAGCUUCAAAGGACCAAACACCAUUUCCAUUUUAUCUCCGAGGCGUCCUUCUCCACCAUUGCUCUCAAUCACUCAGUUUCUUCUUUCAGAUCAGUAAUUCAGUACCUUCCCCCUCAGAGGCUUUGUGGACAUGGAUAGCGGCAAAACUGGUGAAUCAUCGGAUGUGGAGUGGGCCGAUUUCGAGUGCAAUAUCUACUUCGAAUUGGCGUGUGAUCCCAUAGUCACACUCUGUGGCCACCUUUACUGCUGGCCAUGUCUCCACCAAUGGCUGCAAGUUCAUUCGCGUUCUCACGAAUGCCCUGUGUGCAAGGCCAUCAUAAAGGAGGAGAGGCUAGUCCCCAUAUACGGGCGUGGCAAAGCGUAUUCCGACCCUAGGACGCGUUUGGCUACGAGAAGAAUUCCGAAUCGUUCCAGACAAGACGAGGAGAUGGAGGAUUUCAUGCAAGUGCCAAACGCAACGGCGAGGUUUGGGAACUUAACAUUGUUGUCUUUUCUUUUUGAGUCCAUUUCUUCCGUUUUUACCCUUCACGCGGAGAGAUUUAACGAUGCCACCGUGUACGGUGCGACCACGGGCGCUCCUUACAUGUUUUCAAGUUCGUUUCACGGAGUGUAUUCUCACGGGUUUUAUCACGAUGGAGAACCCGUGGACGGUACGAGGUUUUUCUUGAAGACAUUCUUGUACAUCGCGGCCUUCCUUUUAGUGUUUUCUUUGCUUUUGUUUUAGAUAGAUAGAUAGAUAGGUUCGUAUUUCUCAAGUUUAGCAUGUAAAAUUAUCCAAACAAGCAUUUGUUUUAUCACCCUAAUCCAUCCAAGUUUGAAAAAAAUAUUUGGACGUGAAUCUAAAAUCCAUAUAAACAAGAGAAAUUUACCUAAAUAGGACUAAAACAUAAUAAUUUUUCCAAUAUAGGACCAUAUGUUUA